AUGGGUUCAACCCUGCUCACAGCCCUGCUCGAUUCGGGGUUGACGCAUAACUUCAUCGACGACACCGCAGCGCGCAAGGCGGGCAUCCCCAUCCAGCCGUGCACUGGCCUUAGCAUAGCAGUUGCUAAUGGAGAUCGUGUCAUGAGUCCUGGCAAGUGCCUGCACAUGAAGACAUACAUCGACAGCGACGUGUUCGCCAUCAACUUCCAUGCACUUCCACUCGGUGGUUACAGCAUGGACCAUCAACUAUUCUUGAAGCGCUCCAAGUGCGCUUUUGGCACAUCGACCGUGGCUUACCUCGACCACGUGAUCUUGGCGGAUGGAGUCGCCAUGGACCAGCAAAAGGUCCAGGCUGUGCUGGACUGGCCACGACGUUCAUCAGUCCGUGCAGUCCGAGGUUUCCUUGUCCUCACUGGGUACUACCGCCACUUCAUCAAGAACUAUGGCACCUUGGUGGUGCCCCUCACCAAGCUCUUGCACAAGGAAGGCUUCGCUUGGACUCAGGAGGCCACAAAGGCAUUCCACGCCCUCUAA